CAUGCCUUUGGGAGCCUUUAAAGCUUGCUUCGGAGCCUCCUCCGCUGGGCAUUCCCUCCUGGCACCAUGGUCUCCUCCUCCAUCAGCCUUGCCCUCUUGGUGGGCCUCUCUGCUCUCUUGGUUGAGUUUCCCGGUACAACAGCCAAGGAGCGGCCUGGCUACUGCCUGAACUUGCCAGUCCCCUUGGCAGACCCUUUGGACAAGAGCGGAUGCAGAAAGUGCAACGUGGACGCUGACUGUCCCCCGAGGGAGAAGUGUUGCGGUUUUGAUUGCGGCAACAAGUGCCAGGUGCCAGAGCCAAACCGCUGCCGCCUCCCCCCCGUCACGGGACCCUGCAAAGCCCGCAUGCCACACUUCUACUACAACUGGGGCAACAAGAGGUGCGAGGAGUUCAUCUACGGGGGAUGCCGUGGCAACCUGAACAGGUUUAAGACCAAGGAGGAGUGCCAGCGGGCCUGCAAGGGCAAAGGGCCAGAGUAGAGCGGAAGAGAAGCCACGGUCCCAAUGAACGGAGAACCCAAGAAGCAGCCCUCCUCCCGCUCUGCCUGUGGCCCUGUUUCUUGCCUUUGCUCACCUUCC